CCUGCUCCGUGCCGCCAAGGACAAAUGGUGCAUGGUGCGCACUCCGCACCCCGUGUUCCUUAGCAAGUGCAAGUCUCUUGGAGCGCUCACUCGCUCGCACCAGAUGACAGACGUCCAAUGACAGAAAAUUCACUCCGUCGUAUAUACACAACCACAGCUCUCUGUAUAAAUGUCUGCAUACGCAAGACAAUAGACAGAGAGAAAGAGAGAGACUCGACAGAAACUCUUCACAAACCAUAUAUAUUAGAAUACUGAAUCCCUUUUCUUCUUUCUGCCCUCCUCCCUUUUUUCAUGCUUAUGGAUUUGAGAUCGAAUUCGGACUUAGGGCACGAAAUCGACUUCGAUUGAUGCCAUUAGCUCGCGGAGAAGAUGUGAUUUCAAGGGGGUUAUCUUAUUUUGAACCUGUUCGAGAGGGCGUACAAUCUGUGAAAAGCACCUGCAGUUUCGUCGUAGUUUCUAGGGUUUCCGAAGAGGCAUGAAAGGGCAGUCGGAUCGUACGAAGAUUGUGCUUCGGCACUUGCCGCCGGCGAUUUCUCAGGCCACGCUGAUGGAGCAAAUCGACGGUGCCUUUGCCGGCCGCUACAACUGGCUAUCGUUCCGUCCUGGGAAGAGCAGCCCGAAGCAUCAAUCGUAUUCAAGAGCCUACAUCGAUUUCAAGAGACCAGAGGAUGUUAUUGAGUUUGCUGAGUUCUUUGAUGGACAUGUUUUUGUUAAUGAGAAGGGUACACAGUUUAAAACUAUUGUUGAGUAUGCUCCUUCACAACGUGUUCCCAAGUCGUGGUCCAAAAAAGAUGGCCGUGAAGGAACAAUAUUUAAAGAUCCCGAGUAUCUGGAAUUUCUUGAAUAUAUUGCGAAGCCUGUUGAGAACCUUCCUAGUGCAGAGAUCCAAUUGGAAAGAAGGGAAGCAGAGCGAGCAGGUGCUGCAAAGGAUGCUCCUAUUGUAACCCCUUUAAUGGAUUUUGUUCGCCAGAAAAGAGCAGCUAAGAGUGGAUCUCGGAGAUCAUUGUCUAAUGGGAAACUGAGCAGAAGAGCUGCUGGGACUUCAGGCAGAAGUCUGAGUUCAACUUCAUCGAAACGGGGUUCUGAAAAGAAAAAGACUUCCACUACAAUGUAUGUUUUAAGAGAUACUGCUGGAAAAGGCACCAGUGGUAAAGAGAAAACUUACUUUCUGGUUCCCAAGCGGGAUGAGCAGCAGGUGUCUGAUAAGGCCGGUACUGUAACUGCUGUAGCUGGAAGUGAAGUAUUGGAAGAGGAAAGUAGUGUGGCUGGAGUUUCUGGGACUCCUGAUACUGGGAAGAAGAAAGUUUUGCUUUUGAAAGGGAAAGAGAGAGAUAUUUCUCAUGUGGCUGUAUCACAGCAGCAGGGUGUAACAUCUCCAGUAAAAAAUCCUCUUGGUUCAACUGUUCCCAAGCAGAUCCAGCGACGUGAAGGGAGUGGUAGGAUAAUUAGAAGUAUACUUUUGAACAAAGAUGCUCGUCAAAGUCUAUCAUCUUUGAAUGUCCUGUCAGAGCAGCAAAUCCUGGCCUCAAAUCCAGAAAAAGACAAACGACCUCCACGGCCCCCAAAUGUCCAAGUGCUCUUGAAGGAUACUAAUGGCGCUCCAGAUGAUAAGAUUGUUGGGAAUGAUUUGCAUGGUUUUAGCGGCGAAAAACAGGAAAAACGUACAAGAAAUAAGGAUAGACCUGAUCGUGGUGUUUGGGCGCCUCUUCGCCGUUCAGAUGGAUCACAUGCGAGCGAUGAAUCUUUGUCAUCCUCUGCUUCUCAGCCUACACAGCUAUCAUUAGAUUCUUCAGAAGGAAGUCAUGGAGACAUGAAAGUUGACAUGUCCAAUGCAAGGAGUGGGGAAGUCAAAACAUCUGGUGGUGGACGUAGCUGUCAUCCCUCUGUGGAUAAUGGUUCUCAUAAGCACAGUCGCCGUGGGCCAACACAUAAUGUGAAGGAUGCAGAUGGUUCUUCAAUUAUAGGUGAGGUGAAGUCUUCAAAAAGAGGAGGAGCCUCUGGCUAUGGUUCCCAUGAGAAACAAGUAUGGGUUCAGAAGUCAAGUUCUGGUUCAUAGUAUUUCUAAGUGAAGAUGCUUCGUUUUUUUCACCAUGUUGGAUAUCCAUCUGGUAGUUGACUGGAAGCGCAAGCUCUUUGGGUAGAAAGAGUGGCAUACUUUGAAGCUGCAGCGGGGUUUGACAGAAGUUUCAUUUUUGAAACUCUUAAAAGGAAAUUCAGUAGCUCUGAAUGAGGCAGAUAAUGACAUUUACUAUUCAACGGGUUGAAGAAAUUGCUAUCUUCAUCAAAGCUGGCCUGAAAUAGAGAAGAAAGCAAAAGAUUAUUAAAGAGGAAACAUAUCUUCAUCAUUUUUAUCACAUAUAUAACACCACAGUUUUCACAGGGGUGUUCCUUUGACCAUGUUCUCUUCUGCAGGGGAGCUAUGGAUAUCAGCAUUCUUCCCGUUGACGCAGUUCAAUAUUGAGAUAUUCUGGUUUCACAGGUGGAUUUCAUCUUUUAGUUGAACUGUAAAUAUAAAUAUAUCUAGACCAAUGUCUACGGGCUGCUUCUCCUUCCUAUACAUAAGUUGGGUUAAGCAGUCUGACAAAUGCAUCAGUGGGCAUUGUUAAUAGUCUCGGUAAAUAUAAAUGGUUGUCUACUGGCUUGGGGCUCAUCUGUCUCUUAGAUUUUCUGGCUGAGUUUCUGGGAGUGAAUUAGGGGCAGACAGAUUCAGUAGGGAACUGAUCGGGUCUUGGUGUGUUUUAUGGUGUAUGUGGCUGAAAUAGGUUUUAAUUUGGUGCUGUAUGAUCUGUUAUCAGAUGGGAGUGCUGCUUUGAUGCCUAUGUAACUUGUUUGCAAAUGAUGGUGCUGCAUUUCAGUGGAAACAUGAUUUGUUGCA